GGGUUUGUUCACUGCACGUCAUAUCUCCUGCUCUGUGCCGUGUGCUCUUGUUCGGUGCAAAAACCCCUACCUCCUGUGCCAAAAAACAAAAAAACAAAAAACAUGUUCCCGGGGUAACACCCCCCGGCAUUACUCCGAGCCGCGCCAGGGGGGCACGCCCCACUAUUUGAGAAGGAUUGCUCUAAGUCAAGGAAGUGUUUAAAGACUGAACUUGUCAGUGAUGUGCACCACUGUUCCUCAGUAGCUCAGCUGGACUGUGAACUCACCAUGUUUUUCCACUGUGAGCUGGUCGUACUGAUACUUGCACUGACUCUCAAUGGUCAAGUUCAUACAGGGCAAAUCUAUGGAGGCCAUGAGGCUAAGCCACACAGCAGGCCAUACAUGGUGCUGUUGGAGCGGCACAUGCAGAAUGGUCAAACAUAUUACUGUGGUGGCUUCCUUCUGAACAAGGAUUUUGUGAUGACUGCAGCCCACUGCCAAGCCAAGUCCUACACAGCCUUACUAGGAGUUCACAAUGCCCAUAACUGUGCAGGGGUACAGCGUAUACCUGUGAAAGCUGCAUUUCCACAUAAAGACUACAAUGAAACUGAAUACACAAAUGACAUAAUGCUUCUUAAGUUGAGCUCUAAGGCACAUUUUAACAACAAUGUGAGUCGCAUUGCUCUCGCAGACCAAAGUAAUGGCUCUCUGCCAAAAUCAUGUUCAGUCUCUGGCUGGGGAAGAAAUGACAGAAACUCAAAACAUAUGCCUCUGACGCUCAUGGAAGUCAAUGUAACACUCAUUGACAAUGAGCUGUGUCGUGAGAAAAAAGUGUACUGCUCUGAGGGAGAGGCUGGACCGGGUGAGGGAGACUCUGGUGGUCCGUUGGUCUGUGAAGAUGGAAAGGUGUAUGGGGUGGUGUCUGCGUCAUGCAAAACAAACCCAGAUGGCCCGUAUGUCUACUCCUACGCUAAGAUACCUGAGAAUGCAGACUGGAUUAAUUGGAUUACUGGAAAUAAUGAAAAAUUUUGAUGCAUCAGAUCACACCUGAAUUUCAGAUUAUUGUGAAACAUUGCUAGUAUCUCCGCUGAUUCCAUUAUCACAGAGACCGCCAAAUUAAAUCCUGGACUUUCUGGCUUAACACAAAUGUAAUCAAAAUAUGCUUUGCUUUGAUGAUAUCAAUUUCAUUUUAUUAACAGUUGAAUCAAGAGACUGAGAAUAGUGUAUGCUGCUGCAGUCGCAUAUCUGUCAAUAAACUCAGCUAUUGUAAGGAAAUUUGAACCAAGUAUAUGUGAGUUUUAACAAAGCCAUCAUGACACACAAGUCUAGAGUGGUGGCGAAUCAUAAUGCUAAAAAUAUGUAAUAUCUAUUUUUUUCAUACACAAUGUACCCUUUGCUCUCAAAUACAUUAUACACACACACAGACACACAAGCUGCUUUGCUGCUUUGUGCAUUUUCUUUUAGACUAGAUCAAAUGACAACAAGUUUACUUUGUACCAUCUUUUGAAAAAAUAAACUGUUGCUCUCUCA